GGCCAUGAAACGGGGGAGAAGGGCAUCACAAAGAAGAAGAAGAAGCAAAAGAAAGAGGCAAAAGUCAACCCGUUUGUGUAGUGCAGAAAGCUGUUUUCCGAAAACGUAGAGAAGCGCGCCCUGUCUUUCUCACUGUCUCUCUCGCUCUCUCUUUUCCUCUCCCGUAUGGUUGUGUGCUGUGUGUGUGUGUGUUGCGUUGUUCGCCAUCAUACAUUUCCCAUCCAAACACAACAUCCCUUCCGCCAUCUGCAUUGAAGCAACAACGAAGCGAGGGAAGCGAGGAGAUAAACAAAACCCAUCAAGCGGAUUCCCUUUCCUGUGUGUGCGUGUGUGCGAGUGAGAGAGUGCAUGUGUGUGUGUACAUGACCAUACGCAAGCCACACUGCCUGCCGCCGCCGCCGCAGCCGUCGCUGCGUAGGUCUCUCUCCCUGUCUGGUUUUGGUCCGUUUCGCCGCGAAACUCUGACAGGCAGGGCAGUGAGGAGGGCAGGCUGUGGAACGGUUUUAAUGGCGGCUACACGUUGACAUAGGCACACGCGCGCGGCGAGACUGUAUAGUAUUAGGAGGAAGCAACCGACAGACGACAGCGUUAGCGUCAUCGCGCAACCGUCCAUUCCGUCCAGCGGGGUAGCAUUGAGUGGUAUUAGUAUUUACCACACGCGCGCGCACACACACACAGACAGCAGCAUCUCCGAUGCCAACGCACUCUUACGCCGGCCACCACGGUAUGGCGACCUUAAACUACAGAACGCCCUCGGCGGCGCCAGCACCAGCGAACGGUGUUGGGUCGAUCCACCAGCAGCACCAACACCAUCAGCAGCAUCAUAAUCAUCACAGCAGCAGCAACAGCAACCACUACCACCACCUUCACCGGCCGCAGCAGCAGCAUCAUCAUCAUCAUCCUGCUGCGUCCGGUGUGCCGAAAAGCAGCAUGCUGUCGAUGUACAGCGGACUGACCAUGAACAUUCCUCCCACCGGUGCCGGGGCGGCGGCAGGUGGUUAUCUGCACCAACAGCAGCAGCAUCAUCAUCAACCGCAGCCACCGUCGUAUGCGCCUCCAUCUGCCUCAACAACAACAACUACAACAACAAUGGGGCAACAACCGACGGUCGUCCCGCCAGCGCCAGCAAUGGUUGAGGAGGAGGAGGAUGAUUUUUUGAGCGAAAUUACGAUCCAGUUUGAUGAUGAGGUGCAAACACUGUACGUAGGUCCGGUGGAAAUUAUUGACGGUAAAGGCGGCGGCGGCGGCGGCGGCGGCGGCGGCGGAGCGACUGAACCGACGAAGAAAGCAUCGCCACCGCCACCACAGCCGCCCGCAGCAACACCGACGAGCGGCCGUUCGCGGGAACGCUUGCAGGAGGAGCGAGCGAUCGUCACACUCGAACCCGUUGGCGGUAGAACGAAAAGCCAACCAUUGCCGAUGUACCUGCAGCAGCAACAACAGCAGCAUCAGCUGCAACAACAGCUGCAGCAUCAAUUGCAGCAGCAGCAGCAACACAAGCAGAAUCAACUGUUGCAGAAGCAGAAGCUGAAGCAGAACAAGCUAAAGCAGCAGAAGCAGCAGCUGCGCCAACAGGAGCUACAGUUGCAGCAGCAGAAACAGAAAGAGCUACAGCUGCAGCAGCAGAAGCAGCAGGAGCUACAGCGCCAACAGCAACAGAAACAGCAGGAGCUGCAGCGCCAGCAGGAGCUACAGCGCCAGCAGGAGCUACAGCGCCAGCAGGAGCUACAGCGCCAGCAGAAACAGCACGAGCAGCAGCAACGCCAGAAACAGCAGGAACUGCAACGGCAGCACCAGAAGCAGGAGUUGAAACGACAGCAGCAGCAGCAGCAGCAACAACAGCAGGACGAGCUGCGGCAGCAACGGUACAAUCAGCAGAUGAUGCUGAAGAAGCAGGCGCUGCAGCAGCAGAUCAAUCUCCUUAGCGACCAGAACCUGCUACCGAACGGCUUGAAGGCGUUUCACGACAUACAGCUGCAGCUGAACGCGCAGCGUCUUCAGCAACAGCAGCAGCAAAAGCAGUCCCAGCCACAGUCGAAGCCACUGCCGCCACCACCACCACCACCACCACCACCAUCAACACAUCAACCACCCGCGUACGUGAACAAUCAGCAGCUCAUCCAGGAGCUGCAUCAGCAGCAGCAGCUGGCACUGCAAUUCCAGCAGCUGCGCCACCUCCAGCACAGUAUGUUCCCGUCCACGCUGCCGGAAUCUCACGCACCGCUGCCAGCGUCCGGGGCGGCGCAACCGGUGCUACCAUGGCCCAAGGUGUGCGUGAAACAGGCGCCGAUGCUUAACUUUGUACGACACAACGGCUCGCCCAGUGGUGGCAGCAGCAGCAGCAGCAGCAGUACUAGCAGUGGCUACUCGUCCAGUAGUAGGGAUGCCGGUGUGGUGGGAAGCACGAAACGACCACCGGCAGCAACACCGUUGCCGGUGGAGCGAAAAGCGCCGCAGAAGCAGCUGGAGGCAGCAGCAUCGCACCCGGUGCCGACGCCGCGUCCCGUCCAGAUGACCGAAACGGGACCUCUGGGUGAUGUGGCGCCGGCCACGGUACUGCAAUCGCUACCGACACCGGUACAAACGGCCACCGUGCGGGCGGCGGUCGAAGCUCCAAAGGCGCAACCGCCACGACUGCCACCGCCACCGUUAGAGCAGCAGCAACAAACGGUCGAACAGCAACAACCGACCGAGCUACUACUAACACGACUCAAGCAAGAGCCUUUGUCCGAGGAAGUGGAUGAGCAGGUGCAGGAGACGGAGACAGGGGAGAAUGUUCCGGUGCCGGAAGAGCCGAUCGUGACAACACCGUUCGUAUCGCCACCGGUAGCAUCAUCCCCGCGGGCACCAACACCAACACCGCCAGCCACAUCGUCGCCUCCCCUCAUCGACACCAAACCAACCAUCAUCAUCAUGCCCGAAGUGAACGUGUUUGAACCUGCUACGGCACCGGCGGCGGCGGCGGCAGUUCCCAUCGCUGCGCUGGAAACAAGCGUGCUGUCUGCUGUUGCCGCUGCUGCGUCAAUGGCGGCGACCGCCACGGACGAGGGUGUGACGGCGGUGAAUGACGCAGUUGCUGUUUCACCGGUUGAAGCUGCUGAAGCUGCAGCAAAUGGCGUCGACGCAGCGGCGGCGGCUGCUGCCGCCGCUAUCGUUGCCCUUGGUGAGCGGGAGCAAAGCAAGGAUGAUGAAAUUCAGCAAGCCAUGACGAAUGGCGAUGAUGGUGGAGCUGUUGAUGUUGCUGCUGCUGCUGCUGAGGCUGGCACGCAACAGACGACCGUGGAGGAACAGACGACGGAGGAGCAGCGGAAGGUGGCGGUAUGUUCACCCGCGUUGCCCGUGCAUGUGGCUGCGACUGUUGCCCCUAAACCUCUAAAACAACUGCAGCUAGCGCAAGCACCGCCCGUUGUGAAACGUGGCCGCGGACGGCCUCCAAAAUCAUCAUAUCAGAAAUCUCUUCCCUCGACCCCAACGCCAGCUCCUUCCAAACUUGUUCAAACGACACUUUCGACGGGGCGGAAAGGUGGAAAAACUACACUUGCAAACAGCAGCAAUGAAGGGGAAGAACCUUCCAUUGCAACCGCAACCGAUGCGUUGGCAAGCAGCAAUAGUAGUGAGUCACUAGGCGUAAAGGAAUUGGUAGUCCUACCGCCGGCUGCCAAGGUGAAAGUGGAACAUCGAGCACAAACAGCGGCUACUGAAGAAAGCGAAUCCGCAAGAACCGAACUUGUAAGCUCCUCCUCCUCCCCCUCUCUACCUAUCUCGACCGAGCCUGCUGCAGUGGUUGCAAUGUGUGAAAAAGAACUGACCGUAAGCGACAAACCCCACCAGCCCGAUGCUGCGAAUGGUAGCGACGAACCUUCCCACACGGUGGCGCAAUCUGGCGAGCUGAAAAAGACUUCAAAGAAGAAAGGAUACAUAUCAGUGGCGAGCCUUUUCGCGCCCGUAAAGACUGCACGCAGGGAGCAGGCACCACAGCAGACUCCAAAACAGGAACCACCGGUGGAGGAGAGCAAUGAUGAGGCGGCAGCAGUACCUGUUGUGGUGAGUGAAACGACUGAAGUCGCAUUGAACGACCAACAACAACUACCAACGAAUGUUGCUGAAGUGAGUGCGAGCGUUGCCGAGGAUGUAGUUGAAAAUAAGAUUGAGCAAAGCGUAUCAUCACCACAACCCGCGGCCGAUACGGCACCCGAUGAUACGGUGGAAGUGAACGGGCCUAGCAACUUACCGGAAGCGACCAAAGUGCAGCCGGUUGUGCUUCCGAUGGAAGAGCCGAAAGAGAGCGGCCGGGAAGGCAGCGUUGCUAGUGGCGAUAGUGGGGAGUCUUGCGCUUCGUCGUCGUCCACAGAGGAAGCGGUCGGCGUAGCGAUAGAGGUGACGAAACAGUCGACCGCCGGGCCGGUGGGUGUGGACACGCUGAAAGAAUCUUCCCCUGCCAGCGACAGCGGUAUCGAAUCGGUGAACGAAUCUGGCACGCCGGCAGCUAGCAGCAGUGUGCCGAAAAGGCCCCGGGGACGCCCAAAGUCCACCGUGAGCUUUGCGUCGGGUGCGUCGGCCAAGGAAGACACACCGUCCCAGCAGCCCGAUCAGGCAAAGCAGCAGCAGCAGCAGCAGCUGCUGGUUAAGGAGGAAAAAGAGCUGAAACCACGCCCUGCCCGACGCAAAUCCAUCCACAAUGCUAGCCUUGCCAGCGAGAAGGAAGACGGUGCAGAAGAGGAGGAAUCGGCGGUGGUAGCAACGCCGGGUCGAACCGCCGGGAAGCGGGCAGCGCGUACCGCGCGCAAACCGUCCGUCAAAGCGAAGGAAGCGGCCGAAUCGGCGGAGGUCGCACAGCAGGCUGCUGCAGAGGCGGUGGCGGUUGCGGUGGCAACGUCGGCGGGUAGCGAGGCCGGAACAAAGUGUAGUAAGUGUGAGCUGUGCUUCAAGACUGAGCUGUGGUACAGGAAGCAUCUAAUCAACGUUCACGGCAUCGAGCCGGAGGAGGUAACACGAUUAUUGUUGGCGGAGGGUAGCAGUGAGAGCAAAGGUUCGUCGCCUGCUGUUCCAGAAGCGGCAGCAGCAGCCCCAGAACCAGCGAUACUUACGAACGGUGGCGAUGAAACAACGAAGGAAGUGUCGACCGUCGGUGAAACGGUGGAAGCAGCUGCUGCCGUUGCCGACGAAAGCUUACAAAACGGGCACAGCGACGAAGUGGCGCAAACGACGAACCUUCCACCAGUGGCCGCAGUUCCUUCCAAGCUUGCUCAAACGUCACCGUCGACGGGACGAAAAAGAAAAUCAACGCCCUACCAUGAAGAGGAGGAACCUUCUAUUCCGGCCUCAACCGAUGCGUUGGCAGGCAGCAAUAACAGUGAGCCCGCACUGCCCGAAAAGGAAUUAGUAGUCCUACCGCCGGCUGCCAAGGUGAAAGUGGAACAUCGUGCACAAAAAGCGACCACCGAGGAGACCGAGUCCCCCCCGACCGAGCUUGCCCCGGGGCAGCAGCUCGCGAAGCGGCGCAAAUCGAGCAUUACGCCCAUCGCCACCGAAGCAACGAAGCAGGAGAAGCCCGACCCGGACGAUCCAGACAAGCUGACGCCGUUCGAGAGCGCCAAGGUGACCGUGCUCGAGUCGGAGAUGACGGGCGAAACGCACUACACGUGCACGAUCUGCGGCGGCCAGUUCGCGGGGAAGGCCACGAUCAAGGAGCAUCUCGGCACGGUGCACGCGGCCAUCAAGCGCCGGUCGUGCGAGUACUGCGGCCGCACCUUCCUGCAGACGGGCGAUCUGACGCGGCACGUGCGCAUCCACACGGGCCAGCGGCCGUUCAAGUGUCCGGUGGUGGAGUGCAGCUUCGCCUUCAUCUCGUCCGGCGAUCUGCACAAGCACGUGCGGCGCCACAACCAGCAGCCGAUGCCGAAGCCGCACGUGUGCGACCAGUGCGGCAAAGACUUUGAGCGCUCGUACGAUCUGAAGCGGCACAAGACGAUGCACGCGAAGAGCGAGCCCGACUUUAAGGGCAUUACGUGCGGGGUGUGCGGGAAGGUGUUUGCCCGGCGCGACCAGUUCCGGGCGCACACGUACCGGCACAUCGGCUAUCGGCCGUACCAGUGCGAGAUCUGUGGCAAAUCGUUCACCGAUCCGAGCAACUACUCGAAGCACGCCCGGCUGCACGAGAUGGACGGGGUGGAGGUGGUGUGCAACUUCUGCAACCGGCCGUUCAAGAACAAGAGCGCCAUCUCGAAGCACAUCUUUCACUGUCAGCAGAAGAUGGCCGGUGCUACGCCGAACAGCAAGGGCGAAAAACGGGAUGGUGCUGCGAAAAAGGGAGCCAGCAAGGAGGGAGGAGGCAAGAAAAGCCGUCGCGUUGGUGUGGCGAUCGGGUACGGCAAGGAUGGUGGUGCUAGUGGCGGCGGUAUGAUGGUUAAACCGAAGCAGGAAAAGGCGACCGACGAGUCCGAGCAGCCGUUGGUGGCGAUGGAAACGUCGCACGGGGGCGCGGCUAUGAACGGUGGACGCACAAAGCAGGCGGCGAAGAAGAAGCGCAAGCGGCGACGUAUGCGAACGCCUUCCUCAACCGAGGAGGAGGACGAUGAUGGCGAGGAGGAGGCGAUGGAAGAUGAGGACGACGACAGUGGGGACGAUUUUCGACCCGACACAUCCGAGCUGGCCAGCUUGGGCGUGACGGUGAAGCGGGAACGGCGCAGCAGAAAGAGUGGUGGCGUUGCAGUAGCGGCUGCCACGGAGGCGUAAGGCAGGAGGAGGGGAAGAGAACAAGGUGUUUAUAAACCCCACGUGUGCGCGAUGCUUAAGGUUUUAGUAGGAGGAGGAGGAAGGGAGGAGUGUCCAGUACUUCCAGUUGCUGUUUUUUUUUUUCAACGCUCAACUCACAGUAGGCGACGAGGACAUUGGGGAUAAACGUGUGUACAUGGUCCAACCAGUUUGUUUGGGGCUGGAAAGUUUAUGAUAAGCAAUAAUGACAUACAUACCGUGUGUGUGUGUGUGAUAGAGAUAUUAUAUACAUAGAGCGAGAGAAAGAGGGGGCCUGCAUUUUCGCUGCAUUAGUAGAGGUAGCGUGCCAAACGGUACUGUGAGAGGUCUUCGUAUAUUCGAUUUAAUUGAAAUACUAUACUGCAAGGGAACUGUGAACGUGGAAAACAAUUAGAAUUGAGAAGAGAAAGUGAGAGAUAGAGAUAGAGGGAGAGAGAGAGAGAGAGAGUCCCAUACCUUUUUGUGUGGGACAAUAUUUUACACUUACACCUACUUAAAAGUGGUCUUAGCCUGGUAGGAUAGGAGAAUCUAGAGGGACCUCCCACAGAUUUGUGGGGAAUUUUGAAUUAUCAUCGUCAUUAUCAAACAAAGCUAAACAAGCAGAAAACAGAUAUAGAGAGAGAGAGAGAGAGAAAGGGUUCGUCGCUUACACUCUUUCCAUUUUCAAAUGCGAUUGUAUUUUUAAUGCGUUUACAAUGGAGGGGUGUUUUCUUAAACACUAAACUGUGCAGCUAAAGCGCGCUCGCGCUCUUUCUCUCUCUCGUUUUCGACUACGACAAUGACAUACGAAGCAAAAUUAAAGCUACUAGUUCCCAAUCGGGGGAAGAGAGACCCGACGUCUCGAUGAUGCAAGCGCCAAUAUCAAUCUCUCCAUAGUGUUGCAACUUUAUUCGAUCGAUUCUCUUAACUUAUUCUACCCACAGCAGCAACAACAACAACACAAAUGGCAAACUGAUUCGCCUCCCGACCAAGAAGCUCCCCGUUUUGGCGUUAAUGUACUAUUUUCUCUUAAGCGCUUUUAGUUUGUAAGGUAUGCAGCAGCAUUAUGAGUAGUGUUUUUUUCAUUUAAUUUCUUUUUUUUUGUACGUACGCCCUAGAAUUUGAUAAGUUAAUUUGUAAUGUAACAUAUACAUAUACUUGCCCGCGAGACCGCCGCAGCACACCUGUUGUUCCCUUUCGCACUGUUCCAACCAGUGUCUUAUUUUUCUCUCUGGCUCGCAUUUCGUGUUUCGCAUUUAGUUUAAAAUGAAGAUCCCAGAACAAACACGCAUCCACACACACACAUGUACAGAAAAAAGGAGUAGUGAAGCAAGCACAAAAGCGAAUUGUUUGCCCGAAAGCAUGGUUUGCUCUAGUGAUAAGCAUGAAAAGACAACAAAACGAAUACGGUUUUUUUUUAAACAUUCCGGACAUUUUUUGGGCAACACAGACAGAGCAUUUCUUAUUGAAUUCUUGAACUCUUUGCAGGUGGUUUUUGUUGUUGAUUUUGUGAUAAAUCAACGCCACUUUAAAAAGAUCAACCGCGCGUGUGUGUGUGCUAUUUAUUUGUGUCCAUAAGAGUAUUCCAUUUUGCAUUUUCCCUUUUAUUGGUCUAUUGAAACUAAAAAGGGCAGCAGAAGCAGCAGUGCGAAGCAAACAAAAAACACAAAUCAAAGGCUUGUGUGUGUGCGUUGUGGCGGAAUACAUUUUCCCCCAUUUUUUCGAUGGUGUUGUAACGGGCCAGAAAUACAUUUCCAUGUGCGGUUUUGCCUAUGCUUGGUGUAACAACGAGCCCCAGGUGUAAGAUAAAUGGCAAAAAGCGAUAACAAUGAUAGUGUGUGUGUAUUCCUUUUGUUUUGCGUUAGUAACAGUAACAACAACAACAAAAAAGACAGAUAUUAUUUGAUUAUAUAUUGCUGACAAUAUUAUAAUACAUAUAUAUAUAUUAUUAUUAUUAUGAUUCCAAAAGUUUUUUCCUCCCUCCGUAAUACUUUUUUUUUGAGUUAGUGUGUGAACUCUUGAACCGAAGGGUAGGGAAGGAAAGAAGAAAAAGAGAGAGAGAGAGAGAGAGAGAAAGAGAAAACGCCUACAAUGAUAGCAUUCCCGAAAUAUACAAUUAAGCAAAUACAAAACAAAACAUUUUGGAACAAAACAAAUGGAAGGGGAAAGAAAACAUAAUCAAACGUGUAAGAUUUUUGGAGCGGUAUUUUGUGUGAAAAGAUAUGAUCCUAAACAAACCCCCUGCAAACAGAGUGUGAUUAAAGUAUUUUGAGAGAGGGAACUUUAAAAUUAAACGAUUCCGCCACCCGCCUCGCCCCCCCCCCUUCCUCCAACUCGCGUGGACUAUUUUUGAGUGGAGACGAGAAAGGAAAGGAUGAAAGAAAGUUAUUUGUAAGAAAAAGAAUAAACAAAAACCUGGACAAAAAGAAGGGGGCAAAGGGAAGGAAACACAGGCAACGAAGGAAAAAGACACACUUUUUUGUAUUUAAAAAGGAACGCCGAAAAACCACAAAUAAAAUGUAGCCAACGGUCUCUAAUAUAUGGGGUCCGUUAUUAUUUUUUCUAAA